UUCAUUUUUUCCAAAAAUCUUGGAAAGAUCUCCCAAAGCACAACCAAACCAACCCAAAAUCCAAAGCAUCGCACAAGUAUCAGAAAUCAGAACAGAACAGCAUCAAGAUGGGCGGCAAGAAAGGAAAGACCAAGUUUCGCAACAAGAAGAAGAUGAGGGAAGAGCGGCAGGCGGCCAAAGAGCCGUAUCGCGGGGAUUUCAACCUCGUGACUGUCACCCAGGGCAAUUGCAAGAUGGAGGCCUACUACGCGCUGCAAGGGAUCCACCAUCAGUAUUUCAACGAUAAAGGGGAUCUAGUGGAAUGUCAAUCACCGGAAGAAAUAGAUGCGGAACGACUGCGAUGGAGGACCAGCAUUGGCAAGAUUCUGCCCGCAUCCUUUCGCACAGCCUUUGAUGUUUCCGAAUCGUUGAAAGAACGUCUGGAAAAGGAACUACAGGAAAUCAUCGAGGAAUGUGAAAAGGAACGAGCCAACAAGGAGAAACAAGCCGAAGAAAACGGCGAGGAGAACAAGGAAGCCUAUCAGGAGAGUUUCUACGUGGAUUCUUCCAACAAUACUAGCGAAACAAGAACGAUUAUUCAUCGCAUUCCCUUCUUGCCACAUGCCUACCAGCUCGGCGUCGAUCGGAAGAUUAUUAGAAAGGACCCACAAAUGGGAAAACUCUUUGAAUGGAUGAAACGACAAACAGCAGCUGGAUUCAUUACCCGACAAGAAACUGUGUCCAUGGUACCUCCAGUUGUCUUGUCGCCACAGCCAAACGAUUCAGUUCUGGAUAUGUGUGCCGCGCCCGGAAGCAAAACGUGUCAAAUAUUGGAAAAACUGUCUCCCGAAGGAUCCAUGAUUGCCAAUGAUGCAUCCUAUCAAAGAGCCUACAUGCUGGUGACGCAACUGAGACGGAUCAUGCACAAUAAUCCAGCCGUGCUCAUUACGAGCUGUGAGGCGCAAUUCUUCCCACAACAAUCACUCUCCUUUGAUCGCAUUCUGGCGGAUGUUCCCUGCUCGGGUGACGGCACUUCGAGGAAAAAUAUUGGUAUUUGGAAAAAUUGGAAUCAGUUGGGAGCACUGGCUUUGCAUUCCUUGCAGCUGGAUAUUGCUUGGAAGGGAGUGGCAUUGCUCAAAGUUGGCGGUUACAUGUGCUAUUCCACCUGUUCCCAUAAUCCCAUUGAAAAUGAAGCCGUAGUGUCCGAACUACUCAGGCGAUCCAAGGGAAGCUUGGAACUGGUCGAUGCUCCCUUGGCAGGAUUCAAGGUCCGACCUGGCAUGAAAACGUGGAAAGUGCUCGCCGAAGAAAAGAGCAUGAAGCAAAUCAAGAAUGAGCAUAAAAAGAACAAUGCCAAAAUGAAACAAAAACGUGCCGAGUGGGAAGAAAAGGAAAAGAAAGCAGCAGGCGACAAUCCAAAGCAAGGCGAGGAGGAGGAGGAGAAGGCGCAGCAAAAAGACGCUGAUCCACCAACCAACGCCACGACCGAAAAUGAAGAGACAGCUGACAUGGACACCCAGGAAGAGAAAGCAGCAAAAGCUGAUGAGGACGUUGCCGCCAAGGCAGAGCAAGAGAGCACCAACAAGGUGGAAACCAAGCCUUCUUCAAAACCCAGAUUUGAGCCACCCGCUUCUUGGGACGACGAAACGCUGAUUGGCUUGGCCGAAAAGGCAGGUUUAAAGCAUUUCAAGUCCAUCGACGAAGUCCCCAAGAACCUUGCCAAACGGAUCAAGCCUACCUGCUUCCCGCCAACAGAGGAAGAAGCGCAACAGUUUCACUUGGAAAAGUGUAUGCGUUGUUUGUCCCAAGAUAACGACACGGGCGGGUUCUUCGUAGCUCUCCUCAAAAAGGUCGCUCCCGUGAGCCGCAGAGAGGCCCGAGGUAAGCACCUGUUAGAACCCAAAGAUGAUGCCUCGGAACAGGGCCCAGAACUCAAGCGCGCCAAACUCGACUCGGAUGAUGUGGCGGACGAAGCAGUUGCUGCAGAAGGCAAAGGUGCUGGUGGUGCAGAAGGCGACAAAGGUAACGCCGUGGAGGGCACUGCUGGGGAAGCUGAGGGGCCAGAGGAUAUUGCAGGCGCCACAGAAAUGAGCACAAAGCUGAAGAGAGAAGUCAAGGCCAAUCGACUUGAUGAUAAGCAGGGGGGCAAGCACAAGGAUCUGGGAAGAGAUGAUUUUAUUCCUGUCGAUGAGGCUGCCUUCGGACCGCUCAUCGAGUUCUAUGGUUUUGACGACAAUUUUCCAAAGGAUCAGAUGAUGACACGCGCUUGUGGUGGCGGAAAGGUUCUACAUUACAUCCGAAAGAGCGUGAAGGAGAAUUACAUUGACCAGGGGAUUCAAAAGAGAAUCACUAUCAUCGGCUCCGGCGUCAAAGCCUUUGUCCGGAAUACCAACAUGACCAGUGAUUCCAUGUACCGCGUGAGCCAAGAGGGUGUCCAAUUCUUGCUACCGUACAUGACAAAACGGAAAGUGGUUGUCAGCCUCGACGAUUUCAAGCUGUGCAUGACCGGGGAGGGGAACAUUAUGGUCAAAAUAUCAGAUUUCUCGGAAGAGUUUUCGACUGUGUUGACUGAGCUUCCCAUCGGCCCCUUUGUGGUUCUCUUGAAGGGCUACGAAACCGAUUACGCGAGGAAACUCUUGAUGGUGAUGUGGAGGUGCCGCGGUACAAAUGUGAAUUGCCUUGUUUCCAAAGUCGACCUGGAGGCGAUGCGGACAAAGCUACGUGAUGUGAAAAAAGAGCAGGAACCCUCCUAGCUGGCACGUUCUUGUCCUAUUCCAAUAAACUCUACGACCCUGAACUUGCUUCAAGGAGUCCUACUAGCCAGUUUCCCCUCUACCAAGUUCCUUUAUGAUGACUCUACUUCUCUGUUUACUGCACAAAGCCCCGUCUUCCCAGCAACUCCCAUGAUUUAUCGCGUUCCAGGCUGUGCCCAGCUCAGCUCAGUACCACGCGGCUGCAAGGUAUUCUUCUAGCCGCACGCUGACAAACAGAGCGCGGUAGUUCUUGUGUGUUGCCUGGAUGCUAGACCUCUCUUCAGACCAAACGAAUCUGUUAAAUGAUUGCUACCGUAUAAGUACAACACAAACAUCGGCUACGUUCGUCCCUGUCGGCCCUGUUUUGAUCAGGGGCUUGUGACUGUCACUCUCAACCUGGUCCAAGAAAUUGUAGGCGUCAUGAUGUCUUAGAGCAUCUUCGGCAGAGCCUUCGAGUCUUUCGAGUGUCCCACCGUCCACUACAGCUCCUGCAGCAUCUGUAGGACCAUCGGUUCCAUCUGUUCCAACAGAUGCCAACACCACAUCUCGCAGGCCAAGCUUGCCAAUGCAGUCCGCAAAGACCAGAGCCAAUUCUUGAUUUCUUCCACCUUUACCAUCGCUGCCAGGCUCUAUGGACACAGUAGUUUCCCCACCUGAGAUCAAUGCAGCCGGUAAUGUUGCUAACGAGAAAUCCUGACCAGGUCCAUUCCUUUGUAGAGUGAGUUGUUGCGCCAUUGCAGCAAACACGUUGGCGACAUGUUUGGCUUCUCCCUCCACCCUGCAGCCUAGCACUUUGGUGUCGUAGCCAAUUCUCUUUGCCUCAGUGGCUGCAGCCUCCACAGCCCGCUCAUUGUUGCCCACCACAAUCGUUUCACACUUGCCCUCCCGAAAAAUAGCACUAUCUUCCGAGGGAGAAUCCGGCAUGUCCCCAUUGAUUCCAUCCUUCAGUAUUUGCACAACAUCUUCUGGCAGCUUAUCUUCCAGGUUAUUCUUUUGCACCAAUUGCCAUGCAUCCAACCAGUUGCUAGUGUCUGGGACAGUAGGACCACUGGCAAUCAAGUCUAGAGGAUCACCCAGCACAUCGCUAAGGAUCAAGCUGAUCACUGUAGAUGGGUAGGCAGCAGCAGCUAAUCGUCCACCCUUGCCAUCUUCUAACCGCUUGCGAAUCACAUUCAUAUCUUGGAUGGACAGACCUGAUGCCAAUAGUACCGCAUUUGUCCGUUGCAAGUCAUCCAGAGUCAAUCUCUCCUGAGGCAAACAGAACAAGGCUGAGCCUCCUCCACUGAUACAGCAAAUCACCAGGGUUCGAGAGUUGGCUGUCUCCGAUACCAUCUUCAUGAUUUCCAUGGCACCGUGAGCAGAUCGUGCAUCCGGUACAGGGUGACUCGCCUCCAGAAAUGAAAUGCCAUGGGAUUCCAAGGUCGCCUGUUCUUUUUCUGUCCCGUGAUCAUCCUUGACAAUCACUACGCCUUGAAUAUUAUUGUUCUUGAUGUUUGUGGUCGUUUCUCCCUCUGAUAGCUGCUCUAGCACUCCUGUGGCCAUCGCAGAAGAGGCUUUUCCAAAUGCGACAAGAACAACAUCAUCAAACUGGUUCAGAUCCAGCGAUUUGGCUGCACCCACUUGAAGGCUGUUGGUCUCCGAGUCAAAAUGAACGUUGCUGCGUAUGGCUGCGUAGGGAUCCACAGCAUCAAUGGCCUUUUGAACGAUUGAGAGCGCAUCGUCAGUCAUUAUCUUUUCAUUUUCUGUUCGUUCCAAGGAAGAAAAUUGUCGGGUCAACGAUAUCAAGCAGGCAUCUCGGCCACUCCUCCCCCCCCAUCCAAAACUUUGCGGUCGGCAUCGGCAUCUUCUCCUACCAAAUACUAGCCCUGAACGCCAAUGGACCCCCCCAUGAAAGGACGGUCUGUAGGAUCCGUAAGCAAGGGCAACUCCAGCCCUCAGGGCAGCCAAAUUCAUCUUCCAACACUGUUUCGCCGAAUAUUCAGAGGAAGGUAAUGUAAUGCCAUGGAAUGCCUUCGCUGUGGUGCUUUGUUGCAACAUACGCACAGAUCGACUGAGUAUCUUUUGACACCAUUGAGAUCUUGAGCAUCGACCAUCCGAGAUACGAGUACUAGCUAGUACUCUAGUACCAGUACCAGUACUAGCCCCACCGAGUGGGCCAACCCUUGGUUUCUUAAAAAAGGGUAUCGCAAGCU